ACUUAGUGAUUCAUUCUUUUUUUUCCACCUUUCUUGAUGGCAGUGAUAAGAAGAGCACCACAUGAAUUCAAAAUAGCAUGUUUAGAGGAUAUUAAAAGUCUCUUCCCUCCUGAUUACAAUCCAUUCUAUGCGGGCUUUGCUAACAGAGACACAGAUGAGCUCAGUUACAGGAAGAUUGGGAUCCCAAAGGGCAAGAUAUUCAUAAUUAACCCUAAGGGUGAGGUUGCCAUUAGUCAGCAUCGCAUUGAUGCAAAGUCAUACACAUCAUUACAUACUCUCGUUAAUGACAUGUUUCCCCCAACCUCAAUGGUUGAGCAGGAAGACUUUUAACUCAUGGAAUUUUUGGAAAAUGUCAUUGCCGGAUGUUGAUUUAUAGAGUUGGUGGCCAUUAACAACAUUCUUUGUUUUAGCCAACAAGAUGAUGGCUGCUUUAGGUAAAUAGAUAGAUAUCAUUGCCAUUCUUUUCCACUAUAACAUUUCUUACACACUCAUUUGUCUUUUUUUUUUUUUCUUUUCUUCCCAUCAUAUGGUUUGUAACUGUAAAUCUGUAAGCAUUCAUCUUGUCCUGGAUAAUUCAAGUGA